ACAGACACCACCCCAGCCCAGCACUUCCCACAGCCCGCCGUCAACAUGAGCAACAUUCCCACCGAGCAAUGGGCGCAGGUCAUUGAGAAGACCGGCGGUCCCGUCGAGUACAAGAAGAUUCCAGUCCAGAAGCCUGGCCCCGACGAGGUUCUGGUCAACAUCAAGUACUCUGGUGUCUGCCACACUGAUCUCCACGCCGUCAAUGGCGACUGGCCUCUGCCAACCAAGCUGCCUCUGGUCGGCGGCCACGAAGGUGCCGGUGUCGUCGUGGCACGCGGAGAGCUAGUCAAAGACGUUGAGAUUGGCGACUAUGCUGGUGUCAAGUGGCUAAACGGCUCUUGCCUGUCUUGUGACUACUGCCAAACAGCCGAUGAGCCUCUCUGCCCAACUCCCCUUCUGUCUGGAUACACUGUCGACGGCACCUUCCAGCAAUACUGCAUCGCCAAGGCUGCCCACGUUGCCCGCAUCCCCAAGGAAUGUGACCUGGCCGCCAUUGCACCUGUCCUCUGCGCCGGUAUCACGGUCUACAAGGGCCUGAAGGAAUCCGGCGUCAAGCCCGGCCAGUUCGCUGCUAUUGUUGGUGCCGGAGGUGGUCUCGGAUCGCUCGCCUGCCAGUAUGCAAAGGCCAUGGGUGUACGAACCAUUGCCAUUGACGCUGGCGAGGAGAAGAGGAACAUGUGUGUCAACGACCUUGGCGCCGAAGCAUUCGUCGACUUCUCGACAUCCAAGAACCUUGUCGCCGAUGUACAAAAGGCAACGCCCGAUGGCCUUGGUCCCCACGUUGUCAUCCUUGUCGCCGUCAACGAGAAGCCAUUCCAGCAGGCUGCUGAAUACGUCCGACCCCGCGGUACCGUCAUCUGCAUUGGUCUCCCAGCUGGUGCUUACCUCAAGGCGCCCGUCUUUGAGACUGUCAUCAAGAUGAUCAGGAUCCAAGGUUCAUAUGUCGGCAACCGCAAGGACAGCUCUGAAGCCAUUGAAUUCUUCCGUCGCGGUCUGAUCAAGGCUCCUUACAAGGUGGUGGGUCUGUCUGAGCUGCAGAUGGUCUACGACAAGAUGCACCAGGGUGCUGUUGUUGGACGCUAUGUCCUCGACACAUCCAGAUAGAGGUUUAUUGAUGGCCAGAGGAGAUGGUUUAGUGUAAUGUAUAUAUGAAGUUUAUGAUAGUCAAUGACAAAUUUGAUUUCUCUGAACCUGC